AUGGGUUUCUCGGACUUCUUCUCCGAUAUCUAUGCCGCUCUCACCAUUAGCGACGCCCACGCGGAGGAGCAAUCCAACACGCCGGGCAACACCAAUGACGCCGAGACGAGCGGCGAGAUGAACUCUGGCAAGGACCAGGGCAGCGGCAAGAGCACCACCGCGGAGCAGUCUGGCAACGCAGCGGUUACGGGCGGUGUCGGCAGUGGCCCGCAUGCCGGCACGAAUGAGGAGAGCGAUGAAGAGGCGGAGGUCAACAAGCAGGAUGCCAAGAAGCCCGAGCCGUCAAACGAGCCUGGACAUAGACCAGGAUCGGGUGGUGAGGCUGCAGGGCAGAAAGGGUUGCAGGGAAAGAAGGCCGACGAGGCCGAGGAGGCUGAUGAGGAGGGUGGUGAUGAGGACGAGGAGGAAGAGGAGGAGGAAGAGGAAGAAGAGCCUGAGGACCCCAAGCCGAGGCUGGAGGAGGAAUGCGCCCACUCGAAGCAGUGCUCCCCUGCUAAGCACCACUACGAUGAAUGCGUCGAGCGCGUUACAAGCCAGCAGGAUGAGCAUGGCAAGGCAAAGGAAGAUUGCGUGGAAGAAUUCUUCCACCUCGCACAUUGCGCCUCCCAAUGCGCCGCACCCAAGCUCUUCCAGCAGCUCAGAUAA